GUCGGCAAUAAAUGUCGCUCAGUCAACAAACUCAAUAUUAAAAAAAAACUCGACAAUAAAGUAAAUUUUCUCCAUUUAAUUUCAGUUUAAAUACUUAACUUGUGUCAUCAACAAAUUGUCAUAAUGACUGCUCGAAUGCCUAUUGACUUAGUGAACUUAAGUGACGGUGAAUUUAAGGAAUUUGUUGGGAAAUUCGAUGUCUUUUUUUGCGAUUGUGAUGGGGUCCUCUGGUCAUUUCGAACACCAUUCCCCGGUGGCUGUGAGUCAAUCAAUGCCCUAAAGACCAUUGGAAAGCGAGUCUACUUAGUCACGAACAACAGUCAAACCAAUCGCGAAGAAAUGCUCCAAAAAUGCGAGAAAAUUGGCUACAAAAUCUCAAUUGAUGACAUUUUAACAUCAACUUAUGUUGCUGCUCAUUAUUUGAAGCAAACUGGAUUUGACAAGACACUUUAUGUCAUCGGACCAGAGCAGUUGGGCAAAGAUCUGGAUGAAGUUGGCAUUAAGCAUAUUGGAAUUGGACCUGAUGUAAUUGAGGGAGGACUUUAUGAGCAUAUUUUAAAAAGAUAUAAAUUGGAUGAAGAUGUUGGAGCUGUGAUGAUUUCUUUUGAUAGACAUUUUUCAUAUAUUAAGCUGUGUAAAGCUGUCAAUUAUUUAAAGAAUGAAAAUAUCAAAUAUUAUGCAACAAAUGCUGAUAACUGCUUUGACAUGCCGCAAUUUAACUUUUUGUUGCCUGAAGUUGGAUGCUUCAUUAAAGCUAUCGAAGCAGCAACCAAGCGUACACCUGAAAUUCUAUCAAAACCAACAACGCACAUCUGCAACGUUAUUGCUGAAGAUGCUCCACCAUUCGAUCCCAGCCGUGCUUUAGUCAUCGGUGACACUUUGAGUUCUGACAUGGCUUUUGGCAAGAAUGCUGGCUAUGCGACACUAUUUGUGGAAACUGGAGUGUCGAAAAUGGAGGAGAUUAAGGAAAUUGUUGAGAAAAUUAAUACUGGUGAUGAAGAUGAAGAGCUGAAGAAGCUAGUUCCAGAUUAUUGUGUGUCUAGCUUGGAUGAAUUUUAUAAGAAAUUUUCUAAAAUUUUCUAAGAUGUUAAACGAAUCAAAAUUUUAUUUUUAAUAAAAAAUAUCCAACUUUUAAGUUAA